AUGGCAGAUAAAAAAAAGAAGGGAUCCAAAAAAGGUGGUAAAAAAGUCGACCCAUUCACCCGUAAGGAAUGGUAUGUUGUAAGAGCACCAACUCAAUUCUUCAAAUCACCAGCUGAUAACAAAGUCGGUUUCACUCCAGUUAACAGAACCCAAGGUACCAAACUUGCUUCUGAUGGUUUAAAGGGUCGUGUCUACGAAGUUUCACUCGCUGAUAUGAAAGACGAUGAAUCCCAAGUCUUCAGAAAGAUCAAAUUAAGAGCUGAAGAAGUUGAAGGUAGAAACGUUUUAACCAACUUUUACGGUAUGGAUUUAACCUCAGACAAACUCCGUUCAUUAAUCCACAAAUGGUCCACCUUGAUCGAAUGUUUUGUUGAUGUUAAGACCACUGAUGGUUAUUUCCUCCGUGUCUUUGCCAUCUGUUUCACCAAAAAGGGUGAAUCCCAAAAGAAAAAGACCUCAUACGCCAAGACCUCCCGUGUUAAGGCUAUCCGUAAGAAGAUGGUUGACAUUUUAACCGAAACCGUCUCAUCCAACGACCUCAAAACCGUUGUUGACUAUUUAAUUGGUGUCUCAUUAAACGGUGUUACCACUAACGCCUCUGGUUUUGCCCCAACCCUCGCUGAAAAAAUCAGAAUCGAAGGUUCAUCAAUCUUCCCAAUCCACAACGUCUUCAUCAGAAAGGUUAAAGUCCUCAAGACUCCAAAAGUUGAUGCUGCUAAAUUAUCUGAACUCUAUGCUUCAUCUGCCACCUCAACCAUCGCCCCAACUGAAGAAGUAGGUACCGCUGUUGAAAGAACUGAAGAAACCACCACCACCGCUUAA